AUGAACCUCUGCAGCUCGAGCGGCUCGCGAAAUCCGAAAGUGAACCUCACGGCGGCUCCAGAAGCAACUCCAGAGAAACCCGAAAGUGAACCUACGGCGGCUCCAGGAGCAGAUCCUACGCCUGGAAAUGAACCUACGGCCCCAGAAGCAGCUCCGACAACGCCUGAAACGGCUUCACAAGGUACAGUGUUCGAUGUCACAAAGUAUGGAGCAGUUGGUGAUGGAAAGACGGAUAAUAAUAAGGCAUUUUCUGCUGCAUGGGAUGCUGCAUGUAAGUCCACAGGGCCAUCCACCGUUUUGGUACCCAAAGGGGACUUCAUUCUUCCCGCAAUAACUUUCUCUGGUCCAUGCUCCAACAACAUUUCUCCACGUGUUGAGAUAAGGGGUAAAAUUAUAGCUUCCCGUGCACGGACGAGCUUGGAAUUGUUGUCGAUUACAGGUGGAUCCUUGAGUGGUAUAAGUUCGACAAAUAGUAAAGGUUCCCAUGGGAUUGUUGGGAACACUAAAGACUUCAUCAUCCAAGAUAUCAAGCUGGUUGCCCCUGCAGAAAGCCCAAACACAGAUGGUUUCCACAUUGGCAACUCAACCGGUAUCACUAUCACUAACGCUGAAAUUGGAACGGGUGAUGAUUGCAUCUCCAUUGGAUCGGGUGUCACCAACAUUUCCAUCACCAAUGUCCAAUGUGGACCAGGUCAUGGAAUCAGUUUGGGAAGCCUUGGGAAAUAUCCAAAUGAACAAGAGGUGAGCGGUCUGCUGGUGAAGAACUGUACCUUUACUAACACCGAUAAUGGUGUUCGGAUCAAAACAUGGCCAGGAUGUCCAGAAAACACGGUUUCUGAUGUUAGAUUUGAGGAUAUUGUCGUCACAAAUGUGUCAAACCCCAUCAUCAUCAACCAACAAUAUUGUGACCAGAAAAGCUGCACAUCUGAGCCCUCGCGUGUGAAGCUCACUGACAUUCAUUUCAAGAACAUCAAGGGUACAAGCUUCACCAAGACUGCAAUUACCCUCUCAUGCAGUGAAGGUGUGCCAUGUGAGAACGUAGAGCUCGUUGAUAUCGACUUGAAGCAUAACUUGGCCGAUGGCGUCGCCACUGCGCUCUGUAAAAAUGUGAAAGGGGUUACUUCUGGCAUUCAGAACCCAAGUUCAUGCUUAUGA